ACCGACUUUUUCCUGUUCACCAACCAUCCGUAAAUUCUACGCCUACUAAACAAAUCUAAAUGUUAUUGUUUGGUAACUCGUGUCGUAGAAUGAAUAAGAAAGACCAUGCAAAAUGAAGGAGCUAGCAGCAGGCUAGGUGAAUCUUGCCACCUGUCAACAUGCAGCCAGUCUUCCCAAGUCUAAACUAAAGACCGGGUCGCCGGAGACAGCUGACGGCGACGGAGGCGGUAGACAAGGCGGAACAAGCGGAAAAGUCAGAAGAUAAGGCAGCGAACAAGAGGAAAGGCGGAGGAAAGGCCAGAUUGGCGAGAAAGUGGAAGCGGAUAAGUGACAGGAAAUAAAAAGGGAACCAGCGAAAGGCGACGGAGAGGGCGGAGGAAGGCGGAAGAAGUGUGAUACGUGACCUGGUGAUCAUGUGACCUGCGGUGACCGGUCACCUGUGUGUGGCGCAGUGACCUAUGCGCAGUGACUCAGUGACACUGGGCGGUGGUCGCCCUGACAGUCCUCCAACCCUGAGAGCGCGCCGCGGUAGACGGAGCUAAAAGUGAACACGGUUACCGUCCCACGAUCGUACUCAACUCUCUCGUCAGAUGACGCCGUCAGCGUGCCGGUGACGUCACACCGUUCGGAGUGGUGACGUCACCGGUGUGACGAGGAGUGACGUCAUCAGCUGUCCGUGACACAACCAGUCGUCAUGUCGAGCGGCAUCAUCCAGACACUGACUGAGCGGGAGCCGGUGAAGUUCGAGAUUCCCACCGAGGGUCUGAGCAGCGCCGAGCUCCGGCUGGUCAAACACAUUCAGGAGGUGGCCGAGGAUUCGCUAUACCACUGGAGGACGUUUCCCCUGAUACUCCCUCCUCCUGUCGCCGUUCAACAUCGAGAUGUCGACUCGUCUUCCCUGGCGCGACGGAAACCCAUCAUCAUCAGGGAUCUGUUUGUGGCGCCGUGUUUCGAUGAGCUGGAGGCGGUGGCCCUCGACUCGGGCGGGGAGCCGCGCAAACUCAGCGGAAAACAGCUGGCCUCGGUCCGGGAGACUGGCAGCUGCAGCAAGGCCAAGGCUUUGCCCCGUCGCCGCCUUUCAACGCACCAGCUUCGCUCGAUUCGACGACGAGGCGAGUUCGAGGUGGAGUCUCUGAACUUCACCGGCCAGGUGCACCGGUGGCGCCUCUCUGAGCUCCUCCAGAAGGGAACAGAGCGGUCCUUCAUCACCUACCAGGACGACCUGGCGCUGUCACUCAGGUUUCUCAUCAUCACCGCACGGGGUCGGAUCGGCUCACAUUUCUUUUCACUCCGGCGGUGUUUGAAGUCGCUUCUGCGGGGUCUGACGCUUCUUCUCGACGUGUUACUGGGCUUUCCCUCCACCAAGAGCUGUAACCUCGACUCAAAACUGAUGGAGGAGCGGUGCAAGUACCUGGUGACCGAGCUGGUCUGCAAGCCGGACCAGGAGGCGGCUCUGGAGGAGCUGUGCGCCUACAUGCGCCGUCAGCUGGCCCGUCUCCGACUGGAGAAGUACCGCCCCUCCGAACAGGACCGGCCGCCGCUUAUAUACACCUUCCACACUCUGCACGGGCUGACUGUCGACCUGCGACUCUUCAACAGGGAGGUGAUGCGUCGCGCCGUACCGGUACUGAGCGCCAUUCUGGAGCGGGAGGCGCGCGGCUGGUUGGCGCCAUUUCGGGAGCGCGUCAUCACGGAGCUCAAAGGCCAGGAGCUGAGCGAUGAACAGAUCCAGGCGAGUGCUAACCGCGCGGUACAGGACGAGUACCUGCGGCGGGUACUGGACGCCGUGUACGCCAGUGAGGAGCUGUCCCAGCUGGAGGAGGGGGUCAGCAGACUGCUGGCAGAAAACGCACAGAGCAGGGUACUCAUGCACAGGGCGGUGGAGAACGUGGCUCGGAAGUUGGACAGCUUUCAGCGCGGCCUGAAACACUACCUGGAGACCCACCACCCGGUCAAGUGCCGCAUCCCCGCCUGGGUCCGACUCCAGUUCAGGGAGGCCGAGAGCCGGUUCAUCUCGGAGCACCAGUGGGCGGCCCACGAGGAGGCCCUGACCCUGUGUCGGGAGAGUGGUCUGCAACAGACCGCCUACUUCCUCCAGAGGGACCUCACAUUCAUGAAGGAGAGGGAACCGGUGCUUCAGAAGGAGCUCCGUCGGGUGACCACACCCACCCGGCAGUUUGAGUGGCGAACGCACAUCUGGCUCUGGGCCAACUGGACCGUUCACCGGCGAUUUCAGGGUGACAGCAAGACGAUCCCUACCGUGAUAUCACAGACGCCGACCAGCAUCACCAACCCGCGCAACAACGCCAACGAGCCUGUGUUCAUUCUGGAGAAGGAAGUGGUUCGCUCCACCACCACCAGGUGGCUCUUCUGGCGGUGGAACAACUUCCUGCACCGGCUCUGGAGCUGGGGAUCCAACGGCCUCUACAUGCUCGGGGUGGUGAUUCCAUGGAGCUCGCCGCUGAGUCUGAGGGCGCUACUCUGUGUCCAACCCUUCACUCCGGAUCUGGAGCUGUCGCAGGUCAACGGGACACUCUGCCCCAGAAGGUCAUCCCUGACGCCGACUCUGACCUCUCGGCUUCUGUCGCUGUGGAGACACAUCUCCAAGAGCCGGACAGAGUUUGAGACCAGCCCCGACACCGGUUUUAUCGGCAAGGACAUGACGCGCCACCUGAACCGGCUGUGGAACUACGCGCUGAAGGGUGUGCUCGGUACCCUGCUGCUGGUGCUGCUGUUCCCAGCCGCCUGCCUGGCCGUGUCGCUGACUAGUCUUCUGCUGGCCGCAGCAGUGCCAAUCUGGGUGCCGGUGGCCGUGCUGCUGUUCCACCUGUUCAUGGUGUGUGGGUACGACCUCGACUCCCCGGCGCCAGACAGAAACCGAUGGUGUGUCGUCCUCGAGGCACUGCUCUGGAACAUCGGCGUGUUGGGCGUGCUCCAGCCGGUAGCGGCGGUGGUGGUGGGUGGACUCAUCUGUCCACUCAUCGCGCUCAUCCUGCUCAUCUACGGUUGGCUGCGGUGGGGUCUGCGUCGCCUGUGGGACCGGACCGCCUAUGACCUGAUCAUCAGUCGAAAGGGCCGCAUUCCGUGCUCGGAUAGUCUGCUGGUGACGCGAGUGCACGGGCCCGGUCUGUCGUCAGACUACUGUCUGCAGAUCCGUCCGGAGCAGGCGCUGGCCGCCCUGGAGGCCCGUCUGGAAGCGGACGAACUCCUGUCCUUCCAGCAGCAGACCGAGAGACGCAUCCAGCAGCCGCAGCAGGCGUUUGGACAGUUCGUACAGCGUCUGCUGACGCCGUUCUCGGUACAGCUCUGUAGGGACGGAGUCUACGGGCAGCUACACGCCGAGGCACAACAGCUCACCAAUACGCUGCAGGAGCGGAUAGAUAAGCGAUUGCAUGACCUACAGACCGGUCUGACUCCUACUCAGAGGAAGAAGGUCAAAAUGACACCCAGGGACCUGAAGCUGUGUCUGGUGGCGGGCGCGCGCCUGCUGGAGCAGUUCUACCCGCAUCACGUGCUCUCCCGACUCCCGUCGGGUGGUGCUGAGUUCUGGGAGGGACGCGGUCUGGCCCCGGCCGACUGGCCGGCCCUCUGCGCUCUCCUGCUCACCGAGGUGUUCUCACAGGAGGUGCUGACUCCGAUGGAGGAGAGCGAUACGAGGUUUUACCUCGAGGUUCACCGAGUAAACCUCAGCCGGUACACGGAGCUACUGCGAUCCGCCGCCGCCUCCGAUCCGCCGCCGGUGCUGGCAGUGCAGACGGCCAAAAACAUCCAGGUGGCGCCGCCGUCUCUGGACGUCAGCUGUUUCUCGCCGGUCGGCAGACAGAGACAGACGGGGUCGCAGUCGCGGAGAAGCACACGGCAGCAGCUGCAGCCCUGGAAGCGGCACCGCCACACGCCCUUCACAGCAGAGAAGCUACAGAUCCCACUGCCUCUUCCACAUCCAGCUCGAAUCGCCGCCAUCGUGUACAACAGAGAUACGGAUGAUCCCGUAGCAGCCGAUGGACCCCUGUCUGCCGCAAUGUUUGCUGCUCUGGAAGGAGCCGAACCCACUGGGCAAACGCAUGCAGAGAAUGAAGGAAAUGCGGGGACAUCUCGAGGGGCCGAAGCGCAAGUGAGAAGGGAAGGGGAAGGUGAUGAUUCGGCAUCGUCUUCGUCUGCGUCUGCGGCAGCGGCGACGGCAGUGGCUACAGCAGCCUCGGCAGCGAGGGAGGACUCUGAGGCUGAAGAGGCGGUAGCGGCUGCGACUGUGGCGGUGGGAGGGGCGGCCGGCGGACGGGGGGAACCUCACGUGGUAGUUAUUCCGCUCGGUGACCUCGCCUCGGCUGCCGAGCUGGGCGCAGGGGACCUGGUCUCGCACAGUAUCAGGACAACAGAUGUGUGAGAGGGUGAGAGCGUGAGGGUGAACUGAGUGAGAGAGGUGAGAGCCUGGUGACGGACACGCCAGCACAGCUCAGUAUCUGGUGAGUGAAAAUUGGUGUGAUGAGAGUGACGCACAGGUGAUGAUGGCUGCUGGACGAUGCCGUGAGGCUCGAGGGUGACUUGGAUGGCCACUGAACGAAUGAUCGUUGGAGCUGAUGGAGAAUGUUCUCUGCCACGCACAAACUAUCGUUGGUCUCGCUUGUACCGCCACGGCUCUCUACUCUCACUCCCUUUCCCCUCUCCCCAUGUGCCCCUCCCCAGCCUAAUCCCGUCCAUGCCACUCCCCUACGAUUAUUUCUUCCCGUCCCCGCCCCUCCCCUCGUUGGUGCUUCGUUUCGGCCAGUGCGAGACGCCAGUGCUGCCACCUAGUGAUGGAUGCGUGAAGUUCAGGUCGUGUUUGGAAUGUGUAGAUGAUGCCACAUCCGAACCGCUGCCGGAUUUUACUGUUUUGAUGAGAUUAUCCUUGUCUCGCCCACCGCCAAUUUAGAGAAUGCGUGACCUUUGUCGCGUAUCACUUGUGGUUUGGUGCCAGAGGUGUUUUGUUACUCGGAAUCGUUUGACUCAUUUUGUGGGCUACGCGUUUGUAUGGCUGUCAUGGAUGUUGCGCCGGGGUACGUGAGAACGACGCAUUUCUACCAAAUCGAUCGCUUACGGUUGUUCGAUGCGUUGUGCUUUUUACACAUUGCUUCCACUGUUUUUUUUUUUCGUUUAGGGAGCUUUUAUACGUGCCAAACACUAUUUUUGUUUUGAUGUUUUUAGCACAUUCGUAACUUGUCCAGCUGUUGCUUUUGAACGUACUCACUCAUUUUGGAUCAUUGUAUGCUUUUCAUAUGUUUUAGCACUUUGUUAUCCCGCUUAGUGUAUCUGCUUACUUCUGCUUACUUGUCCCCAAGUGCAAUGCUACUCGUUUGUGAUUCCUGCUCUAACUGAUAUCUCGCCGCUGUUGUUCUUGUUCAGGUGAUGCUAUCGACUAUGAGUCGUGCUUUUUUCGAUAUGUAUGUGCUGGAGAGGUGGAUUUAUCUCUCGCUGAGAAAUACAAUGGCUCGUCAACCUG